AUGCCGAGCACCUUCCACCUGACGGGAACCCAAAGGCAGUGACUCUUUUUGCUUCUCACUUGUCAAGCUUAUGUGCUGGCUCUACUGGGUAGCUCCAAUUUUGCGGAGCAGGCAGCCCUCUUCAACAAGUUGGGUUUGGCAAGCACACAGAUCAUAGUCAUCGCGUUCAUUCUGGUGAAUAUCUUUUGCUCAGGCCGCCACAUUUUUGCAGCGACACAGGGUAUAGGUGCGACGGCCUUGGUCGCUUGGUUCUUAUUUUAUCAAUGCUGGGUGCCCCUCCCGUCUGAUAAUGUCGCAGACAAUGCCGCGGAUAUGAGGUCCCAGAUCAUUCUCGCCUUGUUAGAGAACGAGGAUCAAUUUGAGCAAAAUCAAAAGCUUGAGACCGACUCGCCUCGCCUUUGA